AUGGCGAUGUUCAUCAAGAAGGGCAUCAUUCAGAGUCGAUGCAACGCCUGCGCUUGGCAAGGUGAACACAAGCUUGCGGCAUUCAUCCUCAAGAAACCUCCCGAUGAGUCUGGAAUGGCGCUCGGCACUGUCGAUCAGGGAGGCAUGUGCAGCAAGAAGGAGAAGGGCCGCAAAGAGGAUAAGAAUGCCAAUGAAGACGACAAGGAUGAUGAUGACCAUUCUGGAAGUGGCAAGCACGAGAAGGAAAAGAAGGACGAGAAGGGAAGUAAAGAAAAACAUGAUAAAAAGAAGGAAGCCGACGACAGUGACGAAGACAAGGAGAAGGAAAAGCAGGAGAAGAAGGAGAAAAAGGAGAAGUAUCCGGACAAGGAGAAGAAGGACAAAAAGGAAAAGAAGGACAAACAGGAGAAGCAGGACAAAAAGGAGAAGAAGGAAAAGGAGGAGGAAGAAGACGAGGAUUCAGACAAGGAUGUGAAGAACUUCGCGCACGACGACGAGCAGACCAAGUCGGUGAUUGGCGUUCUGAAGGAGUUCGUGGAGAGCAAAGGAGGCAAGCCAGGCAAGGCUGGCUUUUACCAGCUGCGUAUGCAGCAAUUGGCGAAGGCCUUUGACAACAAGCUUCGUCUGUUCAUUGCCUUUGAGGUACUGUGUGGCAACUCCAUGGAUGCCAAGGCACCGCGUGAAGUCCGUGCGUUGGUUGAAAAAGUCAUCAACAGCCCGAAAAUGCAAACCAGUGAGGCGAACCCAACGAUUUCAAAGGGCUUUGUCAUGGUGCCGAAGACAUCCUACGAUGAGGGCUCGGCCGAGAAGAAGGACAUCCUCUCGCAUUACAAGCAUGACGGAGGAGUUGGAGAGCCAGGAUGUGAUGAAGCCAAGAAGUUUACCGCACCAUUCCUGACGUCGCUGGAGAAAGCCGAGUCUGAGGACGAAGACAACUUGGAGGAUGACAACAGCG